AUGGCGGACAAGAAGAAGCGCCGACGGCCUGACCCGAGUUCUGACGAUGAAAGCCACCAACCCUUCAAGAACCAAAUCAAACCCGACCCAGUCAUCCUCCAAAUCCUUCAGAAACUCACCGAUUCAGUCCGCGCAGCCACAGAAGCCUCAUCCUCCUCAUCCAAAGCCCUAACCCUCGCCGACCUAGCUCUCUCCGAGUCCUGCCGCGAAGUCGCCGACCUCUCUCUAUCCUCCGUCCAGUCCACCAUCGAAUCCCUAACCCUAAAGAUCGCCCACUCCAUCCUCUCCGGCAACGGCUUCGCCUUCGACGUCCCCUCUCGGUCCGCCGCGAACCAGCUCUAUGUUCCGGAGCUCGAUCGAAUCGUGUUGAGAGACAAAACCUCGCUUCGUCCCUACGCCAGCAUCUCCACCGUACGGAAAGCCACCAUUACUGCUCGGAUUCUUCAGCUCAUUCACCAGCUCUGCCUCAAGAGCAUCCAUGUCACAAAGAGAGAUUUGUUCUACACCGAUGUAAAGCUGUUUACGGACCAGACUCAGUCCGACUCGGUUCUCGACGAUGUGAGUUGUAUGUUGGGCUGUACUCGGUCUAGUCUCAACGUGAUCGCUGCGGAGAAAGGUGUGGUGGUGGGUCGGCUCAUUUUCAGUGACAAUGGAGAUAUGAUCGACUGUACUAAAAUGGGUAUGGGCGGGAAAGCGAUUCCGCCGAAUAUAGACAGAGUUGGGGAUAUGCAGAGUGAUGCAUUGUUCAUUCUCUUGGUUGAGAAGGAUGCUGCUUACAUUAGAUUGGCUGAGGAUAGGUUUUAUAAUCGGUUUCCAUGUAUCAUUGUGACUGCGAAAGGGCAACCUGAUGUGGCGACAAGGCUCUUCUUGAGGAAGAUGAAGAUGGAGUUGAAGCUACCUGUGCUUGCUCUUGUGGAUAGUGAUCCAUAUGGUUUGAAGAUAUUGUCAGUUUAUGGGUGUGGCUCCAAGAACAUGUCUUAUGACAGUGCGAAUUUGACCACACCGGAUAUUAAGUGGUUGGGGAUUAGGCCUAGCGAUUUGGACAAGUAUAAGAUACCGGAGCAAUGUAGGCUGCCGAUGACUGAGCAGGAUAUUAAGACUGGGAAGGAUUUGUUGGAGGAGGAUUUUGUGAAGAAGAAUCCCGGCUGGGUUGAGGAGCUGACUUUGAUGGUGAAGACUAAGCAGAAGGCUGAAAUUCAGGCUCUCAGCACGUUUGGUUUCCAGUACUUGUCUGAGGUUUACCUGCCAUUGAAGUUACAGCAGCAAGAUUGGCUAUGAAUGAAGCUUUCACUUGUGUGGUGGUGUUGAAUUGGUGGAUCCCACAAAAUUAUAUCAAUUGCUAUGUCUUCUCUCAGUGGGUAAUUCAUUACUUCCCAAGUACUCCGAAUUUGAGGUUGAGUGGUUGGUACUCUCUAAAUACAUUUGUGUAUUAGAUGCGAUUUCAAGACCUUUUGAAAGAACCUCAAGCCCCAAUUCGUCUUGUAGAAGUUUAGUUAUUGCAUCUUUCACCCCCAGUUCUAGUUCAUCUGGAAUCGUAUCGACCUUACCGAUUCCUAAGGUGAUAAGCAUGUCAUCGCUUAUUAUGUGUCCUGUAACCAAACAUCUUUUUUACGUCAGCUUUAUGAAAAUACAAGGUAGUAGCAACAUCAUGUUCAAUUAUUACAUUUACAUUCAUAGUUUCAUACCCCUGGAGUAUUUCUCUUUGACCACUUGGAGAACUGCAAGAACAACAAUACGAGCUUCAACCUGCCAUACAACAAAUUUCUCAUAAGCCUUGACAUUAAUAAUCAACAGCUCCAUUUCAUGAUAUGUGCCAACUAUGAUUUCAAAAUUAUAUUAUGUACUUGUGAUGGUGUUGUAACUGCGGUUGGUUUUUGUAUGCCACAAGUGAAGACACAAAUAAUAAAUUUCGGAGGAGGUCAAUCAUAGACACCUUUUGACAUUUUUUUUUUUAA